UGUGACCCCUGCUCUCAUGAAUCCUCUCUCGCAGUUGUGCUCUGUUCCUUUGGCAGAAGGAAUAUGCCAGACCAUAUCAGACAUGAAUGCAGAUCAUGUGAUGGUCACUCAGCAAACUUUAAAGGAGCAGUUAGUGAAAAACUAUCCAGGCAUUGCAGUGCCCUCCCACAGCAUAUUAUAUAAUAUCCUUGGCACUCUAAUUAAGGAAAGAAAAAUCUAUCAUACAGGAGAAGGAUAUUUCAUUGUGACUCCCAACACAUACUUUAUCACAAAUGCUGCCAUAGAAGACAGAAGAAGGAUCCUGUUGGAGGACAGUUGUUGCUGUUCAUCACCUUCCAUCACUUACCUGGUAAACAUUAAGCCUUGUGCAGACCUAGUGAAAGAAAACAUUCCUACAGUAUCCUGUUACAGAUCCUGCCAUUGUUUCAAAACAGAGCAAAAUAUGCUCUGUGAACAAAGAUAUGGGCAGGUAAUGAGGCAUGAAUCUAAUGGAGGGGGGAAGAGAGGCUGCAGUGAAUUGAAGCCUUCAAUUCGAACUCAAGGCAUCUCCACAUCUGCUGAGAACCAUUCCUGGGACACCAUCAAAUCCCUGACAUCUGUGAAAGAAAAACUGAAAAGCAAAAUGUUUGGCCUUGGCCUUUUCUGGAGAAGUGGUUCUAAAAAAGAAAACCACAAGAAGGAGUACUCCACUUUUUCAGCCCAGUUUCCUCCCCAGGAGUGGCCAGUCAGGGAUGAAGAUGACUUAGACAAUAUUCCACGUGAUAUUGAACAUGAAAUCAUCAAGCGUAUUAACCCCACUCUUACAGUUGAUAAUCUGAUUAAACACACAAUAUUAAUGCAGAAGCUUGAGGAACAGAAAAAAUGUACCAGCAAGCAGAAAAAACACAUCAGUAAUGGUACCUCAGCCAAAGUGCCAACAGUCAGGCAAAACCAUCUUUCAAAGGAUUGUUUUGAAAAGGCACCAGGUAAAACAGCAAAACACACCAGGAAAACCAAAUCAAAGAAAGAACAGAUGAGCAGGAGCAGCAGGAAAUCUCACAUACAGAAGCUAACAAGUGUAAAACCUGAAGAGAACUUUUCACUGCCCAUGAAAAACCAAGAGGCACCUGAUGCAGCGGUGGAAUCCCAUGGGAUCUAUAAGAAGCAGAUUAAGAAUCCUUUCCAGGGUCUGCCAUGGAGACCUCGCAGCUUUCAUGCAAGAGGGCACCAAGGGCUGGUUAACAGGCAGCUCAAGUGCCCAGCUCCAAAGCCAGGAAGGGCUUUCCAAAGGCCACGGUCCUUGGUCUCCUCAGAGCUCUUUGGCUGUGAAACUGAAAGGCUGGGUGCAGAAAGUGAGGCUGACAAAGCUAAGCAAAACCUACUCCACCCUAAUAGGUCUGGCCUUCAAUUAAAGAAAGGCAGUUUGAGUGAAAAUGGUAGUUAUCCACAAGACAGUGAUCUGCAAAUAGAUAACAGAAGUAAAUACUUCCUGGACAGUAAUAUUUCUGAAGAAAAUGUCUACAAAAGAACAGUAAAAAAGAAGUUCCCUUGCUCCUACAUUGAAGAUAAAGGUAUGUGCAAAGAUGAUGUGAAAUUUCCAUUCUGCCUGAAAGAUGAGCACUGCAGAUGCAAAAGUGACACUGUAUGUGAGCUGUUAGAUCAAACAGCCAGUGAAUUUCAAAAUGUUCAUCUUUCAAAUUUCACAGCCAGUGUUAAUCUGGCUCCAAAAAAUGGUGUGAAAUACAGACCAAAGACAGAUAAAAAGAGUGAACUUAUAUUUAACUAUGCCUGUGCCAGCCAUCCUGGAUCAAUGGAGCUGGGAAGUGAAGGGUUUACUGAUAACUUCCAUCUUCUGUACCAAGGGCGACAUGAUGGUGACACCUGUAACUUGUCACAUCUGGAUGAGAAUUCUGAACAGCUGUCCCCUGUCUGUGCCUUUUCAGACACACCAGACUGGAGCACAGCUGUGUCCAUAAAAGCCUGUGAAGUCAGUACCUGCCCUGAUAAAACUGUAAAUAAACAUGACUCUGGAGAGCACAGAUACAAGGGAAGUGCCAACCUUGAUGGCUCAAAGGAGCAUCCAAACCCAGGCUGCACAGAAGAAAGCUGGUUGUGCAGCCAGGCUCUUCUGAAAGAUCACAGGGAGGAUGGAGAAAGCGGCCUCACUGGAAGUGGGAAGGGCUCAGCUGUGGCAGAUUCCUGCCGUGCUGCCGAGGCUGACGCUGAUGCAGGCGCUCUGCAGAGCUCUGCCCGUGAGGCGGGCGAAGGAACAGCACGCUGUGCUCUGGGCUCACGGGUCACAGAAGUGAGAGACCCUCCAGGGAAAAAAGAGUGGCUUUUAAAGAAUACCUAUGCUGUGAUCCCAGAACAGAAACACUCAGAAGGGACAGAAAACCACAGCAUUACAGGAGACAGUGGAAUUGACUCUCCAAGGUGGACUGAAAAGAAGAUGAAGCUUCCCACCAAAUUCUAAAAGUAUAAAUAACAGUGCAAAAAGGAGGAUAAGUCAAAGGACAAUUUCAACAAAAUCCCCUACUUCAUCUAGCUCUGGUCAUGAUUAUUUGAUUAUUUUUUAAUGAGAUUGGUAGACCUUCCCCUUGUAACAAGGUAACCAUACUGUAAAUGCAGCUGAUCAAAUCAGUGAGGCAGCCUCUAAAUCAAAGCUGUUAGUUAAAACUUUUGACACUAGUGUUUGGAGAGGUCACGUGCAUUUUGUUUGCUGUCAUCUUUAAUUAUUUUUUGUGUGUUCUUGUGAAAAUAAAAGUGACAACUGGCAUUCUUUA